UAUAAUAUAAUAAUACUCUAAAAUAAAGGCUAAUCAACCAUCGGAAAGUCAGAAACGUGAACACAGGGCAACCAUUACGUUAUACAUACAUCUACAAAACACACAUCCUCAAACAUCAACAACCAUAUUCCAACGUAAAUUGAAUUGCUGUUAUUAUAGAUAUUUAUUCCACAACAUUCAAUAUGAAUAUAGCAGUUAUGAACAGCUACACCGUGACAGAAUUCGUUAACGACGCAACAAACUUCGACACUUUUGUGAACGAAUGGUUUGCCAUGAUCGACACCAACGGCGGUGGUAGCCUCUCGCGAGACCAAGUUCGUGGCGGAUUCGGAAUGUUUAUGCCAUUAGGUUCAUAUUCACAUCCACAAGAAGAGGUUGAUAGGAUGUUGGAAUUAAUAUUCACGAGAUUCGACGAAGAUGAAAACGGAUCUCUCGAUUUAAACGAGUUUAAGAAGUUAAUGACGGAGAUUAUGAACGCGGUUGCCCGUGGAAUCGGUGGUUCUCCUAUUAUUGUUGCUCUUGAUAAAGAUAGCUUGCUGAUGAAGGCUGUUCAAAGAGAAUUGGCGACACAAUCAUGAUUAGUAUGUCUUUUGUUUAACAUUGAUGUCUUAAUUGAUUUGUCUUAUGUCUUGUACGUUUUGAUUUGUCUUUGUGGCUGUAAAAUACAUUUUAAUAAAACUCUUUUAUUAUAAAUCUUUCCUUAA